AUGGAUGCCAAGAUGGACACCUUUCAAGACAUGACUAUGGGGGACCAAUCUUUAAAGGGUGAGAAGUUUUGUCCCUGGAAGCUCGUCCAAGCUUAUCCCUACCGGUUUAUCGAUCAGUAUAAGCAAGAAAAGGUGCAAAAGCUCUUUGCCUCGACACUAUUCAAAAACCGCACCUGGGAUUUGUUCUGUCUGCUGGACCCUGGUAAAACUGGUAGAAAUCCCCUUCUGCUGGUCCCUAGCGCCCAGUUCAUGGAACAUCUCAAGUAUGUUAACUCCCAUCUGAACUUACAACUCGGUAUUCCAAAGGGUGAGGCUGGUGAGAACUUCUUCGCCACUUUCGGAGAUUUGGACACGCCUCUUCCUCGCUUCCUAGGCCGCGCUAGUACUUCUGCUGCUGUCCCCGAGCUUAAGCUCCGCAUUCACAGACUACCGAUAGAUGAUUUGGCUCAUCUUAGCACCGCUGCCCUGAAAAAUUACAGGGUGAAGAUGGAUAAGUUGUAUGAAUCAUUAAAGGAUAGAGCAGCAAUAAAGGCAGCAACGGCCCGGAAAAAGAUGGAGCGCCAGAAGAGUUAUGGACGGAUGAUCAAGAGAGCACAGAUAUACCUCGGGCUUCGAGGCCGUCUAGGAGAUCCACCUAGCUCAGACAUUACGGCCACGGAUUGGAACGUGGACAUGCCAGUCCCCUUUAAAGCAGAAGGCUCUAUACGAUUUGUCUCUAUUGAUAUCGAGGCAUGGGAGCACUCGAUGAACGUAAUCACAGAAGUAGGCUUAGCAAUCCUCGACACUCAAGACACUAUAACUGUUCCUCCUGGUAGAGGUGGCUACGGAUGGUUCCCAUUGAUCAAGUCACAGCACUUCAUAAUUGAAGAGCAUAAGGAUAAGAUAAACUAUAGAUAUAUCCAAGGGUGUCCUGGGCAAUUCAACUUCGGCCGUUCCGAAUUUGUUGGUGAAAAUGAAACCGGUAAGGUAAUUAGCAAGAUUAUCGGAGACAAUGAGUCUCCGGAUCAAAGACCAGUUAUCAUAGUAGGACACGCCGUCAGCCAAGACCUAAGUUACCUCAAAAAACUCGGAUAUAAUAUCUGGCAGGCGCCACAAUUUAUAGACGAGAUGGAUACGAGAUCGAUGUUUCAGUAUUUAGAAAAAACGACUGACGGUCGCGGUCUCAAGACUAUUUGCGAAAGGUUAGGGUUACUAUGUAGGGAUUUCCACAACGCGGGCAACGAUGCAACAUAUACACUGCGCGCUAUGAUUGGUAUCGUGUUCAGGCAGAUGAUGAGUAACUCUAAGGGGCAGAAAAAAGAAAGCUCUACUCCAUUAGAGGAAGAUGAAUGGAGCGAUGGUAUAAUGGACGACGGAGGUCCGCCUCAAAAGUCAGCUGAAUAG